CCCGGCAGAAGAUUAUUUUUCUUUUGAUCGUAUCUCGCCUUUUCUGUGCAGUCUAUCACCCUUUCAAUAUGGAGGCCCCAACAACCCAACACCACGACCGCCAGGUCGAGGAAAACCAAACCCCUACUGACGCUCAACUCGUUCCUGUUCGACGUCCACAAGAUCACUCGCGAGUAUCAUGGCUUACGAAAAUUGGGCUCGCUGCUGGUGCGGCUCUAUCAAUCGCCACUGGUAGUCUGUUCUCGCGCGACACAAUUGAGCCCACGGACUACGCGGCGCGAACCCGCGACGUUCUCAGCAAGGUCCCACUUAUCGACGGGCACAACGACUUGCCAUAUCUGAUCCGAAAUGAGCUGAAGUAUCAGAUCUAUAAUGAUCGAUUCACGUUUAAUACAGGGCUUUUGAGUCAAACCGACCGUAAAAAAUUGCGUGAGGGUUUGGUCGGUGGGCAGUUCUGGAGCGUGUACAUCCAUUGUCCGGAUCCAAAUGAGAAGCUGGAGUUGGAUGACCCGACGUGGGUUGUCCGAGAUACACUUGAACAAAUCGACAUAACGAAACGAUUCGUCGCCGAGUACCCAGAGACGUUUCAGUACUGCGAUAAUUCGACUUGUGCCCGCGAAGCUUUCAAUAAUGGCAGGAUUGGAAGCUAUAUCGGCAUUGAAGGCGGGCAUCAAGUCGGAAACUCACUUGCUGCGCUGCGGAUGUUCUACGAGCUAGGAGCUCGGUAUAUCACGACGACACAUAAUUGCGAUAAUGUUUUCGCUACCGCAGCCAGCACAGUUGCUGCAGGGGGUGAAGACGCAGGUCUCACUCCGUUUGGCCGGCAAUAUAUUGCCGAGAUGAAUCGACUCGGUAUGAUGAUUGACCUGUCUCAUGUGUCCCACCAGACAAUGCGCGAUAUACUCGACAUAACAAAAGCACCAAUCAUCUUCUCGCACUCGGGUGCUCACGGAAUUUCAAAAUCCCUUCGCUUCGCACCAGAUGAUGUUCUUCGCCGCACAGCCGAGAAUGGUGGGAUCAUCAUGAUAACCUUCGUUAUCCGCUUCCUGCGCCCCGACGAUCCCUCUGCUGCAACAAUCCACGACGUAGUGGAUCACAUCUGGCACGUUGCUCAGGUUGCCGGGUGGGAUCAUGUGGGUGUGGGCUCAGAUUUCGAUGGAACGCCUGCGACACCGGUUGGACUGGAAGACGUGUCGAAGUAUCCCAGGCUAGUCGAGCUGCUUAUGGAGAGAGGAGCGACGGAUGAGCAAAUCAAGAAGUUUGCGGGAGAAAACAUACUCCGUGUAUGGAAGGAGGUCGAGGAUGUUGCAAGAAGGUUGCAAACUAAGGGAGCGAAGCCGAACGAGGCGUAUUGGGAUGGGAGGAAGUGGGUUAGGGAUGAGAUAAACAUGCCCAGGAUGUUCCGAGACUCGAUUGGCAGGAGGGUACCUAGCUUUUCUGGCAAGCCAUAG